AUGUCAUACAACAAGCCGGACGGCCCUCCUCCUUCAUAUCCUGCGCCCGUUCAUGAUGCUGGCCCAUACGGCCACCCUGGCUCACCUCCUCCUCCCGGUGGCGCAAACCAAGACUACUAUAACCAAGGCGGCUACAACCAAGGCGGCUACUACCCUCCCCAGAACUACGGCCCCCCUCCCCAGCAAGGUUACGGCUCACCCCCUCCCCAGCAAGGUUACGGCUCGCCCCCUCCCCAGGGUCAACCUAUGUACUAUCCUCCGCAAGGAUACCCGCAACAGCAGCAAGGUUACUAUGCGGAUGACCGGGGAGGGUCCUCAGGCGGUGGUAUUUGUGCCGGUAUAAUGGCCGCUCUUGCAUGCUGUUGCUGCUUGGAUAUUCUGUUCUAA